GUCAGAAUCUCCAAGCUUAAGGCCCCUCCCUUUCAGACCUAUAAAUUGACUCCCAUCUCACUCCACUCUGAAUCGCCUCAUUCGGACAAACUCUCUGCUGAAAACGUUGAACGCUAGACUACAUAAAGAUGUCAGACUUGGAGAGCUGCCUGGGAACCAUCAUUGAGGUGUUCCACAAAUACUCAUCCAAAGAAGGUGACAAGUACAAAUUAAAAAAGAGCGAACUCAAGGAUCUGCUCACCAAUGAAUUUCCGACUCUUACCGAGCAUGUGAAAGAUCAAGCAACAUUGGACAGUUUGAUGGAAAGCGUGGAUACCGAUGGUGACUCGGAGUGUGAUUUUCAAGAGUUCAUGACCUUCAUCACCAUGGUUACCAUCUGUUGCCAUGAGUUUUUCGAACACAACGAAGACGAAUGAGUCGAAUUAAAAAAACAAGUAUUCAUAGCAUAAUAGUAAUACAACACAUUGAUUCUCUUAAAGUUUGCUUUGUUCUUUUUCGUAUCAUAUUAGGAUUGUUGUUUAGUUUGAACAGAAUGUAUAUGCAGCUUGUACGACAGUUUGUUUUGCUAGACUCAAAACCAGUUUAUUACAAAGCAUGCUUCUAUUAUUUUCCUAGGCAAUUUUUUUCUCAAAGACAUCCCCAUCAUAAAUCUCAUCGAGUGCAAUGCGGACCAGGUGUUGCGCUCUUGCCAUUUCAGUUCCAGGAUGAUUGUGAAAUGUUUUUCCUGAUUAGCUUCAGACUAUUAGG